CUCUUUUUGUUUCAGGAUCUGAACCGAAGGUGGAAUGUUCUCCAGAGGUGAUGAAGGUGACUGUACCUAUCGACGGAGACAGAAAGGUCACGUAUUUGGAACAACUUAAAGAAUACAAGCCCUGUCUCCCGGAGAUGGAUGGGAACACUGCCAUGUUCGUCCUGGAUCUGCAGGACCAUCACAAGUGUGGAGUCACCAGGAUACUGCAGACUGGCACGGGCAAACGCUCCUUCUACCGUAAUAUAGUGAUAGAGGACGCUGCCGGCAAUGUCGAGAUGUUGACGGCUCGCUGCUCGGUCGCCGGCAAACUACGCUACAUCUCCAAGAGGGAUGUCCCUCCCUUCCCUCUGGACUUCCAUGAGCCUGAUGUCCUGAACAUCACAAGAUACGAAGAAGGCAAGGCUCCCGAACCUGUUCUAGGCGCUAUUGUAAAACAGAAUGGAAAACAGGUCUCUGGCGAGAUUUCGGUGACACCUGGUACACCUCUGACCAUGGAAAUCUUCCUGAAUGAGAAGUCGGCGCCCAUCUACGGUCUACUCGUCAACUACAUGCAUGUCACUGAUACAGGGAAACAGCAGGAGACUAUUAUACUGAAUGGAUGUUCAGUAGACACCUACUUGUUUGACAACUUCGUGACGUCAGAUGGCGACACCCUGACUGCCAAGUUCAAGGCGUUCAAGUUCCCUGACACUUCGUAUGUGCAGUUCAAAGGCACUGUCACCGUGUGCCUCGACAAAUGCCAGGGGGUACAAUGCAGUAACGGUCAGAUCGCUUACGGCCGGAAAAGACGCUCCAUCAGCUCCGGUAGUGACGCUAACAAAGUCUAUGAGGUGUCACUCACUACCUUCAUCAAGGUCGACUAUGAAGACGGACAGAAUGCUAACGCAGAAGACGUCCUAGCCCUCCUGAGGAACUUGAAGGUAGCGAACCAGCGUCUAGGAGAUAUGGAUGGAACACCAGCAACCGUAGCAGAGCAUACAGCCAAGAAUGUUCUAGUGUAUCAAGAUCCCUUAGUUCUAAGUAAAGCUAGCACACUAACCAGUAGCCUAUUACUUCUGAUAAGUCUGCUACUCCUAUUCAAGUAG